GCUAUAAGUGACCGGGUUCAUGACCGUGAUCGAACAUGCCGGAUAUCCUGCUCAUCGUUACCAAAUGAGCUAGCCCACAUCAUUCCUGUAGCCCAGGCGGAUUGGUGGCCAAGGAAUACGAUGUACAUGCAUACACUAAGCGAAGAGCACAGCACCGAUACCAACUGUCCAGAGAACGCCAUCUUGUUGAGGAAGGACAUUCACUAUUUAUGGGAUACUCACAAAUUUGCUAUUGUCCCAAAGCAGAAUAAGUGGGUGAUACAUGUCUUGAACAGCCAGGCCACCAUCGAAUUGCAAGACAAAUAUCAUAACCUUGAAACACAGCCUAUAACAGGGGUACCGCCACAAUUUCUUUUGGCUCGUUUUGCUCUUGCGAUUCUCACCGAAAAGAUCAUCUUUGUGAAGCAAGGUUUCCCGCGUAAACUGAACAUAAAAUUGGCAGAUGGUACGGUGCAACCAAAAGUGCUAAGCAGUGAAGAAUGCUGUUCCCUGUUUGGCCCACGAAGCAAGAGCAGGAGUCAGAGUCCGAGAAAGAGACAGAGGCCAGUUUAAUGCGAGGAUAAUGAUACAGGACUGGAGUCCUGGGAUACCGAGCAGUGGGAUCAGCCAAGAAAGCGCCGACGGUCGUCAUCGCCUGCCAGAAGCUAUUGGCGUGGUCAGUGGGCGGAGGAAGGCAGAUCAGAUCAGGAAGAGGAGCACCGAGGUCGAUCAAGAAAGCGACACUGCUCUAUCUCUGGUUCUGGUGA